UUAUUAGCAUCUAACGUUGAAGUGGCUAAAGGUUUGCAGGCUUCCCAUUGGAAAAAGGGCCCGGCUUCGGGGGGGGGGGGGUAAGCCCCCGCCCUGCUUCUGACCGGAUUGGGGAAAGGAAUCAAACUUAUGAUGCCUUGGCUCCAAAGGCUGCGCGUCCCCGCCCAGCCGUCCCUCCGCCCGCCCUGGAUGGGGCUGAAUCGCGUCUCCGGAUGGAGGAAAGCUUGCCAGCUCCUCUCUCUACGGGCUGGCUCUAUUUGACUGACAGGCCCGAAACCAAUCAUAACCAAGUAGCUCAAAGGUGAUGGAUCCUCCUCCUCGAGGGGAAUCGAACGGGAGUUUCCACGACUUCUCGGGAAUCGGGGCGACGAUCAAGAGAGCCAUGGAACCCCCGUUGCUGAAUGAUACAGAAGAAAUAGUUGCUUUGUACCGUGAUCUGAGCCAGUAUCCUUCGCUUUCCCAUGCUUGUAUUGGGCCUGAAGUAACAACUCAGUAUGGUGGCAAACAUUGCAAUAUUUAUACAGAGUGGUCACAGCGGGACUUGGAAAGAGCGGAAAAUGUGAAAUUCUGCCGUCAAUACCUCGUUUUCCAUGACAACCAGUCCGUCAUCUAUUCUGGCCCCACAGGCAAUUGCACUGAAGUCAAAGGAGAACUGCUCAGUCGGGAUUCUCCAAGUGGAACUCAAAAAGCUGUUGUACGAAAGAUGAACAAUAGCAAAGGCGAGGAAAAACAGUUCCUGGAGGUCUGGGAAAAAAACCGGAAAGUGAAGAGCAUCGAGUUGACAGCUCUAGAGAAGCAUGGCCAAGUAUAUGAUGAUGAUCAGUUUGGCUGUUUGGCCUGGUCACACUCAGAGACUCACCUUCUCUACGUGGCAGAAAAGAAGCGUCCCAAGACAGAGUCUUUCUUUAAGCCCAGAGCCCCUGAGCUGAACACUGAAGAGGAAAUGGCCAAGACUGAACGAGACAAAGCAGUAAAGGGAGAACAGUUUGUAUUUUAUGAAGACUGGGGGGAAACUCUGGUGGCUAAGAGUAUCCCUGUAGUGUGUGUAUUGGACAUUGAGAGCAGCAAUGUUUCCGUGCUAGAAGGUGUUCCAGAAGAUAUCUCACCUGGUCAGGCUUUCUGGACUCCAGAUGACACAGGAGUGGUAUUCAUUGGCUGGUAUCAUGAGCCUUUCCGUCUAGGCUUGAAAUACUGCAUCAAUCGCAGAUCAUCACUUUUCCAUGUCGAUCUGACAGGUGGUCAAUGUGAGCUGUUGUCAGAGGACAACAAAGCCAUUUGGUCUCCACGGCUGAGCCCAGACCAGUGUCGCAUCGUAUACCUGGAGAAUCAGGCUUCUGGACCUCAUCAGCAAUGCAGCCGUAUCUGCAUGUAUGACUGGUACACAAAGCUCACUUCCGUGAUAGUGGAUAUUGUCCCUCGACAGAUCCAGGAUGGAUUUGCUGGAAUAUAUAGCACAGCACUGCCUGAGCAUUGUUGGGCAGCAGACAGUCAAAGAGUUGUGCUGGACACAAUUCAGCGCAGCAGGCAGGAGCUGAUUGUGGUGGAUAUGUCAUCAAAAAGUGUAUGUUCACUCACCAAAAGCUCUUCUCUUGGAAGCUGGGUGCUGCUCACCAUUGACAGAGAUCUGAUGGUGGCCAGAUUCUCCACUCCUAACUCUCCUCCUAUGCUUAUGGUAGCUUUUCUGCCUCCUGCAGGCAAGGAAGCAGACGUGAACUGGGUAUGUCUAGAAGAAACCAGCCCAAUUCAAGGUAUUAGUUGGGAUGUCCAUAUUCUUCAACCUUCUCCGGAUCAAGACAAUCCCCAGUACAGAGGCCUAGAUUUUGAAGCCAUACUACUAAAGCCCACUCAGGUAGCAGAGCAAACCAAACUUCCAUUAGUGGUGUCACCACAUGGAGGCCCGCAUUCAGUGUUCACCACUACCUGGAUGCUGUAUCCAGCAGUGCUCUGUCGAAUGGGAUUUGCUGUGCUGUUGGUGAAUUACCGAGGAUCUUUAGGCUUUGGCCAGGAUAGUGUGGAUUCACUACCAGGAAAUGUGGGCUGCCAGGAUGUCAAAGAUGUGCAGUCCUGUGUAGAGCAGAUGCUACAGAAAGAACCUCUGGAUUCAAACAGAGUAGCUUUGCUUGGAGGAUCUCAUGGAGGCUUCUUAUCUUGUCAUCUGAUUGGCCAAUAUCCUGGCACUUAUAAAGCCUGUGUGACCAGGAAUCCUGUAGUUAAUAUGGCAUCCAUGAUUGGAAGCACGGAUAUCCCUGAUUGGUGCAUGACUGAGAUCGGGCUACCCUAUGACCAAGCUGCUCUCCCAGUUCCUGAACAAUGGGAAAAGAUGCUGCUUCAUUCACCUAUGCAGUUUGUUGACAAGGUUCAAGCACCAGUUCUCCUGUUGAUUGGAGAAGAAGAUAGACGUGUCCCCCCCAAGCAAGGCUUGGAGUAUUACCAUGCACUUAGGUCCAGGGGUAUUCCAACCCGGAUGUUGCAGUAUCCAAAUGAUAAUCAUGCACUAUCCAGUGUGGAGGCUGAGGCAGAUGGUUUCAUGAAUAUUGCACUCUGGCUCCUCCAACACUUGAAAUAACCAUUACAGAAGCUUACACUUUUGGGUUGAGGUCAGCUAACAGAAAGUCAAGUCUCCUCAGUUUGAAAGACCUUCUAGUAGCUGAUUGGUACUUUUAUCCCUAGACUCCAAAAUGUGAACAGGCACAUAACCAUGUGGACAUCAUCCUCUGGGCCUCUCAAUUAUGCUAGAGAGAGAGGCUACACUGGCCAAAUAUAUCAUUUUGCCAAAUUUAGCAUUUUAUCACCAUGAUAACUAUGCAGAAUGGCCAAGUACUAGAGCACUGAUAAAUAUUCCCAUUAGAUGGUAUUAGACUUUCUGUAAUUUCAUUUAAAUGAUUGGCGCUAAACUGAAAAGAAUGAAUUUCAGAAAUCAAGCUGCAGAAUAUAUUCUUGGGGUAAUCUUAUUAAUUUCUAUAAAUUAAUUUUCUAGUUUAAACUUAGAUUGGGAAUGACUGGAAUGCAGUAUUUUGAAGAAGUGAUGUAAAAACAUUAACUUGAAAUUUAAAGAAUGAAAUUAUGCUUUACAAAAUUAAGUUUCUUGAUGGCUUGGAUUGGAGAAACCUGGUGAUGUGUAUAUGAAAAGAAUCUGGGUAUUGUUGACCACAAGUUAAACAAAGCCAGCAGUGUGAUGCAGCUACUAAAAAGGCAAAUGUUAUUUCAGAGUGUGUUAACAGGAACACAAUCCAGAUCAUAGAAAGUAAUUGUUCCACUCCACUCUGCCCUUGUCAAAACCCUUUGGGAGAACUGGGUCCAGUUUGAAGCACCAUAUUUGGAACAGCACAAUAAUGUAGAAGCAAGUUCAGAAGAGGGCUACCAAAAUGGUGAAUGAAUUGGAAAACAUGUUUAGCCUACAGAAAUACAGCUACAGGAAGAUAUGAUAGCAAUCAUCAGAUAUCUGAAGAGUUGUUUCAUAGAUGAGGGAAUUGAUUUAUACUGUUUCCCCAGAGGGCAGAAGCAGAACCAAAAGUUAAAAUUACAGUGAAGCAGGUUCAGGCUAGACACCAGGAACAAUUUCCUUACUUUUCAGCCAGUGGUAAGUUCUUCACUAAUGUAUUCAAGCAGUAGUUGGAAGCUCAUCUAUCACACAUGCUAUCGUGAAUCCAAGACUUCGUGGAUUGGACUAGAUGACUUCUUUGGUUCCUUCCAAAUUUGAUUCUCUGAAUCUGUUUGACAGUGAACUUUAAUAGCUGUAGUAAUAAGUCACAACAUGUUAAGGGUUGUCUAGGAAAUAAAAAUAAUUCACUACCAGACCAAAGAAUUACUGUCACUGCCGUCUGUGCACAAGUAUCUAGUAAUAAGCCUUUAUAACAGUUUAAUUAACUCUGGAAUAUGCCUGCUAUUUGUUCUCA